AUGCUCAAUCUCGGAACAAGCCAAUCAAUCGGAUUGGAAGCUCCGCCUAUAUCUCUUGGAACUCCCUCUCCUGAUUCUAGUCCUGAGAGUGACACAUCGAAUCCCCCACUCUCAUCUGGCUCUUCCGAGCGAUCACUCAAAAGUCGUAUUGUGCCACCGACGUUAGUUGGCAUUUCAGAGGAGGUGGGAAUGCAAAAGUUCGUCAGGAUGACUCCGACUAAGAAGGUUAUUGAUAGAGCCAAUGGUUUGGAACUUACCACUUUUACUCAAUAUGAAGCUGUUCCUCAGUUGGUCGAUACUUCUAUUCCUUCGAAGGGCAUUGACAUUGAUAUCACUGAAACCAAUGAACAACUUAUACUCAUGGUUAAGCGUUCCGCCAGGGUAGGAUCACAAUCUGCUCCCGGUAAGAGGCCAAAAGUCAAGACAUACAGACCCUCUAAACCUUUGGGGUAUAAAGAGGGGCGCAAGCUCAAGCAUAUUGAGAACGAAAACGACGACAUUUUUGAAGACGCACUAGUUGAAUCACAAACCUGUACAGAAGCCUACUCUAAUUUCAACACUGCGCCAUCAACACCAACCAAGCGUUUAUCAGCGACUGAGAAGUUUGAUAUGGAUGGAUCACACGAUACUAGGCCGCAAUUUUCCACUGGUACAGCUAUUAAAGACUUUGGUGCGUUGCCCGACCAUCUUCGAGGUCCUUGCCUCGAAGUUAGUCCUAGAACUAGUGUUUUGGAUGGUCCAUGUGCUAUUCCGAACGUAGAUAAACUUUUGUCUAUGAACAAGCGUGAUAGCUCCCUAGAAUCAUCGCUCAUGAGACCUCUCGAAGCAGUGCCCGAAGGAUCGAUAGCAGCAUCGCCAUUGCCCGAGGAAAAGGAAGAUAUCAUUGGACAAUCGGACGGUCCUGCUCAAAUUCCAUCUAUUGCAGCUAUUGAACCAAAUGUUGGUGGCGAUUCUCCAGUCCCAGAGUUACCCAUUGACCCAGUUGGGAAAGAUAAAAAGGAUGAGAAGCGUACACAUAAAGUCAUCAAUAAGGUUCGAUCGGGAGUACGCAAGGGUAGAUAUCGUUGCCUAAGAACACCUGUGCUGGUGGUAAUGCUAGGAAAGGAGCUUUCGAAACCAACUAAAGUAGCUAUUCAAAAUAUCGCAAACGGAUUGCCUUCAGGAAUUGGUGAAGUAAAUCCCCUUCCCGCGUGA